AUGCGGAGCUUGACCUGCUUCGCCGUGCUCUUGUGCACCAUUUUCUACCAAGUCAUUUCAGAUAAUUUUAAGUGGCAAAAUUCUAACUACAUUUUGCAUUUGCUCCAGAAAAAUGCGAAUUACAAAAUCGUCACGUUAGAACCGGAGUGCACCGUAGGGGCAGGUAACCAACUAGGACAAGCGGCACAAGAGUCCGAUGUUAACAGAAAAGAAUUCUUACUUCACAACUACAUGGUAAUUAAGAAUUCACAAUUUACAAACGCAAAAGUUUUAGAAGUAUACUCAUCGAAGGAAGAAAAUACUAAAAGCCAUUUAGUGUUAAUCUUCUACAUAGGAGACUUUAAUUUUUCCGUCGGUAGCAAUUCUCCAUAUGAAGUGAAUUUAAUUUUGAGUAUAAUGGCAGGAAAUAAAAAAAGUACUUGUAAAAUUAAUAAUUAUAGUAUGGUUUUGUUAAAAUCUGCAGAAGUAAAUAACCCUUCAGAAUUUGAAAUUCUGUCUGAACCCAUCAAAUUUAGCAUAAGAAAAACAUCUGCAAGUUUCAGAAUAAACAUAAAUAACCUUUUCCUAGAUGGAACAUGGAGACCUUUCGUAAAGGACAGACUUACGUUUUUAUUACAACCAGAAGAUAAUUGCUAUACUGUGUUGGAAGAUAAAUUAAAUAAGCCAUCUUUAAUAAUUGAAAAAAAAAAUAUGUUUUACACGGAGUGGGGAGAAUGGUCUCAAUGCUCUAUGGAAUGUGAUGAUCCUGAUAAUGUACAAAUAAGGGAAAGAAAAUGUGCUGAUUCCUCUGGGGAAUGUUUUAAAGGAGACCUAAAAGAAACCAGACCAUGCCAAGUGCCUCUACCCCCUUGUCAUUCCCUAUUUGAGAUGAAAGAAUCUUUAACGUUUAAAGUGGCCAUCAUUCUUUUACCCAUAAUACUUAUCAUUUGUGUAAUGGGAAUCCUAUAUCACAUAUUUUAUAAACAAAAAGGAGCUGAGAAGGAGUUGUACGAAAAUGUGGCUGGCAGAUAUAUGUACGAAUGA